UGGCAGUUGAAGUGUACGACCACAUUUCUCUUGUAAAAGCGCAAUUUUUCACCACGUGUAUGUUGUAACAGUGUAUUUACAGUGAAAAUCUGUGAUUUUCCACCUUUUUUAAUUGACCAGAAUUCCACAUCAAUGUCCGGGGCAGCCAUGAACGGUCAUCAACAUUCAGUGAGCACUGAAGACAUGCAGGAGCUGAGCAACACUGAAGACCAGGUGCAGGAACUUCAGCUAGAGUUCCUGGAUGACGUCCACCAAGCUAACAUGUUGCAUUCGUUAAACAUGAUGAGAAAGAACCGGCAUUUCUGUGAUGUCAUUCUUCACGCUGGUAAUUUGGAAAUACACGCCCAUCGGGCUGUAUUGGCGAGUGCUUCACCCUACCUCUUUGAACUGUUUACAACGGAUCAAGAUCAGAAAAGACCUGAGAAUUCCCUCACAUAUAAGCUAAAUGGUGGUUUCGAUACAAGUGCGUUGCAGGUUCUAAUCGAUUAUGCCUACACUGCAAAACUAAUUGUUCCGUAUUCUGAGGUUAAGACUGUAUUUUUGGUGGCCAACAGUUUGAAAAUGGAACGAGUUACUAGAAUUUGCGCUCAGCAUUUAAUAAAGCAUCUGUCUGUUGAUAAUUGCAUUGAAAUCCGAUCUCUGCCUGGCAUUGCCAGAAAUAAGGAAUUCAUUCAGCAAGUUGAUGCAUUUAUCGGCAAUGAGUUUUCACAAAUAAGCAAAACCAACAACGUUUUAAAUCUCUAUUGUGCUCGAAUAGAAGUUCUCAAUCAGUCUCGAGAGGAAAUGUCCCUCGUGAACGAGAGCUCCUUAUGCAGGCUAGUCCUAGAGUGGAUUAAAAGACAAGUAAGCGAAGAUAAUCUAAACAUGUCGGCUCUCUCUGAAAAAACAUUCAUGUUGUACCUUGCAAUCGACAAUUCCCUUCAAGAUUGCUCUAGUCUCCCCUCCGGCGACAUAAGCGAUACUGAAAUUGUACAAGACUACAAGAAACUUUCUCUGAAGGACAAACAAAGCAACACCAAACCCAAGAGGAAGGUGUUAGGUCAACCAUCGAAACCGAGAGUGUUGAUAUAUAACAGAGAAAUCGGGGAGGAAUUGGAGAGCGAGGUUGAACCAGACUGGAACCUAAUAGCCUCAAAUAGUGUCGGGGAACACAGCUUCUUGGCUCUCGUGACUCUGGGUGGCAAGUUGGCCACACUUUCCAUACAAUUAAGACUGAAUACUCCAACUACACCUUCCCCCAUACAAACUCCAAUAAAUAGCAGGCCGGCUAGCGAGGAAAAACCCGAUCUCUAUUGUGCAGUUGCGAAUAUGUCUUCUCAAAGAUGUGCUGUUGGCUGUGGAAACUUUCUUAACACCCUUAUUGUCUGUGGCGGUUACGACAGAACCGAGUGUCUCCGAUCCGUUGACCAGUACAUUCCAGAAACGAACACUUGGCAAAGUCUGCCUCCUAUGAGGGAAAGUAGGGGUCGUUUUAAAAUUGCCGUGCUCGGCGACAAAGUUUAUGCCAUUGGGGGCAGUAACGGCACCACUGAACUGGAUUCGGUAGAGAUGCUAGAUUUGGCUGCAGGAAAGUGGGUGAAGAUGCCAAGACUGUCCUUGGCUAGGAGUAAUAUGGGAGUGUGCACUAUGGACGGGUUAGUUUAUUGUAUAGGUGGGUGGAAUGGACAAGUGGGAAUUAAGCAAAGUGAAGUUUUUGAUCCUGAGACUGCUACGUGGUCCCCUAUUGCACCACUUCAUACAGGUCGGUAUCAGGCUGGCGUGGCUGCCUACAACAAAUUGGUCUACGCCAUUGGAGGCUGCGAUGCUUGGAAUUGCUUAAAUUCGGUAGAGGUGUACAAUCCCGAAGAAAACAAUUGGCAGCCCUCGAAAUCCAUCAUCACGGCUAGGAGGGGGUGCGGCGUUGCAGUAUUUAAUAACAAACUAUACGUUGUUGGAGGUUCAGACGGCUCUCAUUCUCUAAGUUCUACUGAAAUUUUUGACGAACAGACCCAGACAUGGAAUGUCGGUCCGAGCAUGACAACUCCUAGGGCUAACGUGGAAGUGGCCGUGGUGGGAGACCGGUUGUAUGCCGUUGGCGGAUUCUCAGGUAAAACAUUCUUAAACACCAUCGAGUACUUGGACUCCAAGUCUAACGAAUGGACUACUUUCGUACCAAAAGGAAGUUGUGACUCUCUGAUAAAGCGAAAACCUCGAAGCCGCAGAAAUUCGAGGAAAAGCGUAUCAGAGGAGAAAAAGUCUGUGAACACUCCGGAGGAGAUAACGGAGAUAGCUACGCAAGCUUUAGAAAUCGGGACCACACAACACGGGACCGUGGAGAUAUCAUAACCAUUCGGUUGUGUGCUGAUAUAGGUGUUAUUUAUGUAUUGCUCUAGAUCGUAAGGUAUAACAAUAAAAUUUAAAUCAAGUAUUA